AUGUUGGGCGCUUGUGAUGAGGGUCGCGUGUUCGACGUGUUCACUGUCAUUAGCAUCGACACCACUACCUCUGACCCGCCUGGCAUGCCCCCGAGGUCACGCUACGCCGUCGACCCCUCCCUCACGGCUCAGGCCAACCUGGCACAGCAGUGGGGUCAGCCCCAGCCGCCUCACCACCAGCAGGACCCUACGUUCGCUCCCGGAUUUGGCCAGACGUCACCUCCGCCUCAGCAAUACGGGCAGCAGUAUGGCCAGCAGCAUGGCCAGCAGCCUGAUUUCCAGCAGCCUGGGUACCAGCAGCCAUACGUGAACCCCAAGGGUCCACAGCUGCACAACGUCCCCGACGACAGGCAUCGUGCCGCCCCGACGGGUCCGUACGCCCCCGUUGCCGGACAGCACCAGCCUCACGUCCAGCAGCCGGCGCCGGCUCCCCAGCCGCACCAGUACAACUAUCCCCCGCAGAAUCACAUUCCUCCUCCUCCUCAUGCAGCUGGACCGACGUUGACUGGCCCUCGUGUUCGCAUCGACCCCUCGCAGGUUCCGGACCCUAUCGAGGCUCAGGAACUGGAUCAGAACCUGUACGACGACGAGGACUUCCUCAGUUGCGACACCAAGGGACUGAUCCCUCUGGCCGUGACAGACUAUCGCGGCAUUGACCAAGUGCAGCCAUUCGCUCCCCUUCGUUACGACGAGGCACCCGUUCCCUUGGUCACCAACUGGGUUGCCGGGGAGAGCGCGUUCGAUGCCCCGCCUCCUGCCUCGGGCGACGAGGAGCCUGGACCGCCGCGUUGUGAUAAGUGCCGCGGCUACAUCAACCCGUGGGUCCGCUUCACGCAAGGCGGCCACCGCUGGCAGUGCAACCUCUGCGGCCACGAGACAAAUGUACCCUCCGCCUACUUUUCGCCCCUCACCCCGAUGGGACAGCGUCUCGACCACAACGAGCGCCCCGAGCUGCAGUGUGGCACCGUCGACUUUCCCGUUCCUCGCGAGUACUGGGCCGAGCAGCCAAAGGGCUCUCUCCUGGAUGCGGACGACGCGAGCCUGGCCAACUUGGCGGCCGCCGGAGACGCUCUUGCCACGACUGGGCACGACUUGCUUGGCGCGCUGCAAUCCAGCCUGGGACAGACGCCGACGCGAGGACCGACGCCCACGCCCAGUCAUAACAGCAAGAACCAGAACCAGCAAGAUCAGCGUCGUCUGCGUCGCCCGAUGCCCCUUGGCCGUGUUUUCGUCAUUGAUGUGUCUGCUCCGAGUGUGCAGAAGGGCAUUGUGCGAGAGGUCUGCGAGGGUAUCCGCAAAGCCCUGUAUGGCGAGGGGGAGGACGACGAAGAGGUCAUUGGCAUGGGCGAGCGUGUCGCCUUUGUGACUGUCGGGCAAACUGUUGGGUUCUGGAACAUUGGCGCCGCUUUGUCUCAACCCCAGCUGCUCGUUGUUUCUGACCUUGACGACAUGUUCUGCCCCAUUAUCGGGGGAUUCCUUGCCGACCCGGCAGCGUCGCGUACGCAGAUCGAGAGCUUGCUCACCAUGAUUCCCAGCACCUACGAGGCCCAGCCCGACGGAGUGCAGUGCGCCAUCGGAUCGGCUCUCAAGGGGGCUCUGGAUGGUAUCCGCGGCGUGGGCGGACAGAUCAACAUGUUCCUGUCCGGCUUGCCCGUGCUCGGCCCCGGACAUCUCAAGGCCCGCGACGACCCGUCGCUGGCCGGAACGGACAAGGAAAAGGCCCUCUUCACGCCGACGGACGACUUUUGGCGGAAGACUGCAGACGAAAUGGCCGAGAGUGGCGUUGGAGUCAAUUCGUUUGUCUUCCCGGACCAGUCGAUGGACCUUGCAAACGUCGGCUUUGUCUCUGCUGUCUCUGGCGGCGAAACGUUCUUCCACCCCAAGUUCCAGCCAGUAAGGGACCGCAACACGCUGCAGGCGGAACUGCAACGCGUCGUCUGCAGCGAAGUCGCCUACAAUGCGACUGUUCGUAUCCGUUGCUCCAACGGCCUGCGCGUUGCGGAGUAUGGUGGCAACUUUUUGCAGCGCUCGCUCACCGACAUUGAGUUUGGCACCAUGGACCCCAACCGAGCGUUCACUGCCACGGUCAAGCAUGAGGGCCACCGCCUGGACGACCGUCAGACCUCGUACAUCCAGGUCGCCACGCUCUACACUUCGGCCAACGGCGACCGUCGCGUUCGUCUUUUGAACCUCGCUCUGCCCGUGUCGAGCAUGAUCGGCAACGUCUUCCGGUUCGCCGACUUUGACGCUGUCGUCUCCAUCAUCUACAAGGCCGCUGUCAGCGAGCUGCCACACCGCAAGCUGCGCGACAUUCGCCGCCUGACGAUUGAGCGUGCAAACCGCAUCUUGCUCAACUACCGCAAACACUGCGCUCCCGCUGUGCAGGCCGGCCAGCUCAUCUUGCCCGAAGGCUUCAAGCUGUUGCCGCUGUACACGCUGUGCAUGAUCAAGUCGAAGCCGCUCAAGGGCGGAAACGUCGUGCCCGAUGUGCGCGUGCACUACAUGCGGGCAGCCAAGAGCGCCUCGGUCACGGCCGUCAUGACGCUCUUGUACCCCCGCAUCCUCGCCAUUCACGAUCUCGCCGACUCGUUUGGUUUCCCCGGAUCCAACGGUCGUCUCCGUAUUCCGCGAUUCCAACGUGCCAGCUACGCGUACAUGGUCGCUGAGGGAGCAUACCUCCUCACGAAUGGCGAAAUCGCCAUGUUGUGGUUUGGCGGUGCCGUAUCGCCCCAGAUCCUCGACGAUCUGUACGGAGUCCAGUCGCUGGAGGAGCUCGACACGCGCAUCACCCGGUUGCCAAAGCUCCCCACGCUGUUGUCGACGCAGGUCCGCAACAUGCUCACGCAUCUCGAGCGCCUGACGGGUCACACGCUGCCUGUACUGAUCGUGAGACAGGACCGCGACGGCCUCGAGAUUGAGUACGCAAACCAACUGGUCGAGGACAGCAACAAUGAUGCGCUCAGCUACACCGACUUCCUCAUGAGCGCGCACAAGGCCAUCACGAACGAAAUUCAAGGCAAGAGUGAUGGUUGGAAGGCUCCCUGGCAUUAA